GAGAGAGGAAGCGUUGCAGAGGCGUGCGGGCGUGCGCAGGUGCCUGGGUUGGCGCGCGUCGUGGCAACGUUGUGACUUUCGUUGUGUUUGUGGAGUAGGCGUAUUUCGUGCGCUACGUGAGAGAACCAGCAGGUGUGUUUGUUCAUUUUUCCCAUACGAAGUUUGAGGCGGCGAUGAGUUCGGCGUGUCGAUACCGCUGUGCGGUCGUCGGCUGCACAGGCGAGGAGGGCGACCAGAGGAACUUCCAUUACUUGCCUGUGGAUUCGGAGCGGCGGAAAGCGUGGUUGAAGCUCAUGGGCCUGCCGCCGUAUGCUCCGAAACACAGUAAAAUCGCCAUUUGCGGACGGCACUUCACCAGUGACGACUACAUGCGAAGACCGGACGUGGUGCAAGGUCUCGGUCUCGGGGCCCAGUAUCGAAAUCUGCUGUUGAGGAAUGCCGUGCCAUCACUAUUUCUGCCGAUCUCUCCGCCCGAGCACUCUGAGAUCCAGGGGACGGAGGGAGCUGUGGCAAGUGAUGAUCCUGGUAACAAGUUAACCAGGCCACCUCCAUCCUGCCUGGCCCACCUGACAGCUUCGGCAGCCGCCCUCCGCGGCUGGUCCCCCCACUCAAGCUUUGGCCCAGGCCCGAGCGUGGUCACUCCGGCUUCCGUUCCUGGCGGCCUGCUGUUCCUGCCUGCCGUUCCUGUGUGGCCCCCGUCCCAGCGACUUUCGGCGGUUGGCUGCCGCACGCAACUGGCAGCCACGCCUCGUACGUUCCCGGCUGCCAACUUCUCCAGUCCGGUUUCGAAAUGCUACUGUAGCUGCCAUCCUGAGACAAGCACGAAGUUUGUGCAGACUUACUCAAGAGGUGUGCAGAGGCAAUCCACAACCAGCACGCAGACAGAUGUCUCCAUCACACAGACAUGUGUCCCCAGCAUGCUGACACAUGUCACUAAGGUGGUCAACACGUGCCGUUGCAGCUGCCAUUGUGUGAUGAGUACAGCAGCCGUGCAGACAACCCCGAUUGCGAGGUGUACAUGCUGUGCACAAACCGAUGACAGCUUCCUCUAUGCUAAAGCGACUCACGUGGAUGCUGGCUUGCAGGUUUGCCUAGACGCCACCAUUUGUGUGACAGUGCGAGUGCAGACCGACCCUAAGCCACCAGUUGUCCCUUGCGAACCAGUUGUCGAGGAUUCUCCCAGACCAGUGAAGGGCUCUCGCAGAGGAGCCAAGGGCUCUCGCAGAGGAGCCAAGGGCUCUCGCAGAGGAGCCAAGGGCUCUCGUAGAAGAGUCGUCAAGCGUAGAAAAUGAGGGAGUUGGACUGUGUUCCAUUUCCCCUGAACGCCCAUCAAGUUACAGCCACCUUGUCAUCGGUCCACACCCACUGGCUGGACGAAAGGAGAGGCCUUGUCGGCAGCUGAUGGUCCGAGCUGGGAUGCUGCGACAUGAGAUUUCACGCUGGCAGCAUCUAGCUCGUGAUGUCACUCAACUUGGUCGUUGGGAGGAAGCCUUGCCACCGAACCAUACUCUAGUGGACCUGCACAACCACGAGUGCAGUGUGUCGGCAUGUGUCUUCGUUGAAAAACUGCAGCGAGCCAAGUUCCAGAGUCGUACACCUCAUUGUCCUUGUACGUCGUGGUUGUGGCUUGAGUGACCCUUUACGUCCUGCGUCUGCGACCUGGUCGCAAAGUGGUGUGUGGCCUCCAAGGUGUUCUGCAUAUGCAGCAGGUGCACUCCUAAUCUUCUUCAGACAUUGCUGCUUUUGGACAAUGUAAGACUGUUCUUGAAAGGGCGCUCAUCUUUUUAAGGUAACCAAACAAUUAUGACAGUUGCCUCGUGCGUGAAAUUGUGAAUACCUUUCCUGUAGGACUUUCCACGAAACAAGCCUCCUCGGUUUUAUUAAUUUUAACUUUUUUGUUGUUGUUGCUGUGUCAUGUGGUAGUUCAUGUGAAACAGUAAGGAUAAGGCUUGCUAAACGUAGCCAAGGAAAACAUUGAAUGAAUCUCGAAUGCAAGGCUACCCUUCCAGCAUUCUCUGAAUGUUUUGGCUGAGGCUAGAGUAGGACGCAUUUGCAGGGAAAAUGGUGAUUCAAGUGUUGUCUGUGGCCAUGCGGCUGCUUGCUUCUGACAGGAACGUAAAUUAUGUUUAGAUAUCGAAACUAGUAUUUAGGGCAUACAAUGCAUAGAAUAUAAUAACCAACUCGUGCACAUUUGCAGUUUUUUGAGCUUUGCAUAUAGUACUGUUGCUUCACUAGUUACUUGAUCAUGUCUUUAGGGCAUCCUUGAAACACAUGGCCACACAUUUGCAUGUGAAUUGUCACACAUAUGCACAUGCACAUAUGUGCACAGAACUGGACAACGUGCGGUGUAUCUUUCUUAAACCUCUAUUGUGCCCUUUGUUCCACCACACAGCCAUAGGUUGGGCCACUUCAACCUCGAGACAAAUGGACUUCUCUUUCAAUGCAUACACUUGCUCUCAAUGAACAAAUAAGCGAAAAGUAAUGAUACUGCACAGUGAAAUCCAGCAUGUUCAUCUUGCACUAGGUGCUCUUGUGAAAGUGUAUCAAGCGGGUUAGAUUGAAGGAAAAAAUAAACUGAAAAGCGUAUACCAAAAGCCUAAUGAACCAAAUUGAGUAGAGAGAGUUUUCGUAUGAGCUAAACUUGAGUGUUUUUAAUGCUAUGGAAGCUCUACAGCUUGACCUUUCUUGUUCACAGUUGUUUAAUAAGUAGUGCUUAACUUUCCGUUCCAGUAUUCUUUAGGGGUUGGGGAUGCUACAUUUCAGGGGCGAUUUCUUGUUUGUGAUAUAGGUCUAAAUGAAAUCUUCAUAUUUUGUGUGUUUUGGAAUCCUGAUUCUAAAAAUUUAAUUGUGGUAUAAGGACAUAAGACAAGCAGAUUGUAAUAUACUGUAAAAGCGUUUUGUAAACUCCAAUUUUUGUUUGGAGCAAAAUCAUUUUCUAAAUGGAAAACCACAGUACGGUUGUCAGAGUAUUGAAACCAUAUUGAACUUUAAUGAAUGUCGUAAGUUAUGUCAUAAGGAAUGUUAUAUAAAUCAAUGUACCCAACCAACUUGGGCAAGAGCUAAGAGCUCAUCAGAUUCGCUAGAAAAAAAAAAACUAUAAUCACAUACCGAACGUGAUCCAAUUUCAAAAAGUUUUGUGGAAAGAAUAUUGCUUUGAAUAGGGGCAUAUUGUUGCCAGGCUUGGGAGUACGAGCUUUGAGGAUGUCUCAACUUAGAAGCGAGAGCUUGGCAGAGUGAUGGCCGACACCCCCAUGCAUGCCCGCAACCGCACACUUUGUCAUUCCUGUUCUUGUGGCCGGCAACUGCUCUUGCCAGCCUAUUUCGCAUCAGUAUCGCUACUGCAUGGAUUCAUCAGUCUUGCAAUAAAAAAAAAAGGAUUACAGUUAAGCCUUAACCCUUUGAGGGUCCAAUUUUCUUGCCAAAUGCGACCCGCUAGGGUCAAUUUUUUUAUGGCUGAUUUAAAUCCUUCAGGUAAAUCUAUUUCAGAAAAAAGUGUCCUAAUUUUUUUAGGGCAGCCAUAAAGCAACAAAAAAAUUGUUUGUGUUGUUACAUACACAUGGUCUAUUCACGAGUAACAGCAAGAUAAAAUCUUAAAAAAAAAGAAAGCUAAUAUGACUGCUAAAAAUUAUCCGUUGCAAUAAAUGUCUGUGUAGUCGUACAUGUGCAAAAUUAAGUGCACGAAGUGGCGUCAAGUGGAAACACUGUGGAAGAAAAGUCCCCUUUGAUCAAGUCAGCAUAGUCUCGCCGCGCACGCUUUUGAGAUGUCACUCACUCAUCAACAUUUGAGUUUGAACUUGACUCCUCGUAGGAUGGACUGGCAUCCAAUGAAUCAGAUUCUGAUUCAGCAUUCGAGUGGUGAUUCCUACGCCAUUCCUUGCGCAUUUCCAUAGCGCAAGCAAACUGCGCGAGUGAGCGCACUGAAAAAAAAAAACUAUGGUUGUGCACACGUCUGGAAAGCAAAAACAAGUUGGAAACCUAUAAUAAUCCUCUGUCUUAUCACCAACGAGACGGAAGCGGUCUUUGCGAGUCCUGUAAAGAGGAAAUGCAACCACAGCGGCAUCGUUUGUGUCAGUCAGCGCCUGCACAGAAACUGGCGUAACCACGCCCCGGGGAGCAAUAAACGAGAGUAACAAAAUGGCCACCCCUUGAGAGAUUCUAAACCAGACAGCCAUCAGUUUUUCGGGCACGAGAAGUGGGAACCACCCGAAGGACAAAACCGAAACUAGCCAGUUUCGGUUUUGUCGAAGAGACAACGAAGAGACACAUAGGUGCAAGAAAAAAAAUCCCUGUAUUUUCGCAAUGUGGCAGCACAUGCCAAGAGAAA